AUGGAAGCAACACCUCCACUUUCAAUUGAAAGUUUUUCAUAUAGCUGGUUAGUAAACCUUAAACCAUCACUUGAUCAAACCCUUGAAACUUCUGUUGAUGCUUCUGAUGAAUUAGGUUCUUCUUUCAUUGAAAUGGAUCCAAGAAUGCCAUCUUCUAGAAGAUUCUUUAUAACCUCACAAGAUUUCAAAUUUGACUUUCCAAUUUCACAAAAAUCUCCUCUCAAUACUCUUAUUGAUGCUGACCAACUCUUUUCCAAUGGUUACUUAAUGCCACUUUUUGAUGAAUCAUUGAAGAACAUUGAACCAUAUGAUAAUGAUUCAUCAAAUUCAAAUUCAACCAUACCUUCUUCUUUCAUAUCACAUGUACCAAAAAAAGUGGUCCCUGUAGAAAACUCAAGAAGCCCUUCAUUGAAAAGGUGUAGAACACUAUCAAGGAGAAUGUUUCAAAAGUAUUUGAAUUUCUUAAAACCAUUGUGUAGAAAAUUGAGGGGUCAAAAAUCAGGAUCAAAGCAUGAAAAUGGUAUGAAAAGAACUCAAUCAGUUAAAAAUUAUAGAGGAAAUUACUGUGAAUCAUCUCCAAGAAUUAGUGUUGCUUAUUCGACAGACUAUCCGCGCAUGUCUUGUGAUUCGGAUAGUUCAAUCUAUGAAGCUGUUCUUCAUUGCAAAAGAUCUAUUGAAAAAAUGAGUUAA